CUGGGGUGUAACCUCGCUGCGGCAGGACACCCCCCCUGUGUUUCCUUGGAAUCCACCCUAGCUGCGGCAGGAAGAUUCCCUCCAACUGUGUCAAUUUCCCUAUCCUCUAUGGAAGGACUGUUUGCCCCUGGAAUCAAGUAGUGUGAUUCUGUGGAACUACCCAAAAAGGAACUUUGCUUAUCUCCAUUGGAAAUGCCUGGGGAGACUACCCAGUUAAUUGUGGACUGUCUGGGUGGGAAAGCUUUGUGUAUUGGGGGUUGGGCUGGGAGCCAAACUAUUAAUAUAUUAUAUGUUUAGGUUAUGGGGGACAUUAAUAAACACAACAGAUGAGGAAAUAUAUCUUCCCCCCUGUACCCCCAGCCUGAUGGUUUGGGUUCAGUUUCCCAUAAGGGCCAUCUGAUGGGUUCUUUAAAUGGGCAGAGCUGGCACUUUGUGUCUGUAGAGAGUGAAUGCAAAUGCCCCACCCUGUGUGAGAGGGGGAGUUAAAACUAAUCCAACUGGUUAUAGAGAGAGAGGAACUUUCAGUUUCAUUUCUUGUUCCUGAUUCCAGCGAUGGCGGCUGCUGAUCUGAGAGCCGAGCUGAGCUGCUCCAUCUGCCUGAGCAUUUAUACUGAUCCGGUAUCCCUGCCCUGUGGCCAUAACUUCUGCCGGGGCUGCAUUGGGGGGGUGCUGGGUACCCAGGAGGGGUCUGGGCGUUAUUCCUGCCCUGAAUGCAGAGCUGAGUAUCAGGAGCGCCCUGCCCUGCCCAGGAACAGAGCUCUGGGGAACAUAGCAGAGAGGUUCCGUCCGACUGAGACAGAGCCGGGGGAGACUGGGAUCUUCUGCACUUACUGUCUCCUCUCUCCUGUACCUGCUGCUAAAUCCUGUCUCCUGUGUGAGGCUUCUCUGUGUGAUACCCACCUGAGGGGGCACUGCCAGUCAGCAGAACAUGUACUCACUGAGCCCACCGCUUCCUUUAUGGGGAGAAAAUGUUCUGUACAUCACAAGGUUCUGGAGUAUCACUGCUGUGAGGACUCUGCCUGUAUCUGUGUGUCCUGCUGCCUGGCCGGGGAGCACCGGGGCCACAAGGUGGAGCUGCUGAGUGAGGCCUCUGAGAAGAAGAAAGAGAAACUGAGGAAAGUUCUGGAGAAACUGAGCCCAGAGAGAGAGGAGACUGAGAGAGGAGCCCAGAGGCUGCAGGAGCGCAGGAGAGAAGUGGCAGAAGCGGCAGCCGGUGAGACAGAGAGAGUCACUGCCCUGUUUAGGGGCAUCAGGGAAGAGCUGGAAGCCCUAGAGAAGCGACUCCUGAGUGACAUCUCCAGGCAGAAAGAGGAGCUCUCACUCACACUCACUGAGCUGAUCCAACAGCUGGAAAUAAAGAAGGAUGAGCUGUCCGGGAAGAUCCGUCACAUUGAGGAGCUGUGCAACAUGGCAGAUCCACUCACUGUCCUACAGGGCAGAGAGAGAGAGGGUACUGAGGGGGCAGAUACUGAGGGCAGAGAGAGAGAGGGUAUAAAGGUCCCGGCUGUAGGGGAUCUGGAUGUGGGUCGGAUCUCAGAGACAUUACUCACAGGCUUAGCUGGGAUUGUGACUGGGGUAGAGGGAAGGUGGAUCUAUGGGCAGGAGGCUACAGAGCUGGUACUGGAUAUAAACACGGCUGGGAAUCAUGUAUCUGUAUCAGGGGAUGGGAAAUCUGCUUCCUACUCACAUACAGACCAGCGUCGCCCACAAACCCCAGAGAGAUUUCAGUAUCCUCAGGCUUUAAGCACCAGGAGUUUCCCCUCAGGGCGACAUUACUGGGAAGUGGAGGGCAGUGAAUCAGGGAGCUGGAGGGUAGGGGCGGCCUAUCCCAGUAUAGAGAGGGGAGGGGGUCAGUCCUACAUUGGGAAUAAUAACAAGUCCUGGGGUUUAAUCAGAUGGAAUAAUAACUAUACAGUGAUACAUGACAGGAAAGACACACAGUUUCCCCACGUCCCUUCCUGCAGGAGAAUCAGGAUCUCAUUGGACUAUGAGGCCGGACGCCUGUCCUUUUAUGAGCUGAGUGAGCCAAUCAGGCACUUACACACCUUCACUGCCUCCUUCACUGAGCCCCUUCAUGCUGCAUUCUGUGUAUGGAGGGAUGGUACCUGUGUGAGAAUCAUUAGUUAGGGCCCCGCCCACUGCCCAGCAGGAACCCCAUUCCCAGAGCUG